UUCGUUGCGUAUCCGUGAAUAUGAUAAUAUCAUAUAAUAUUAUCUGUGAUAUUAUCACGGAUUUCUAUGAAAUAUAUAGAUAUCUGUGAUUAGAUUUUCAGACUUUCACAGAUACACUUUUCAGUAAUUUUGUAAUUAAUUUAACCAUGGUUGUAUCACUACGUUACUAUAUUAGAGAUGUCUUCAGAAAAAGAAUUGAGUAAUGAUCAAUCCAAUCAAGAGGUUAUUGAUUUUGGUAUUUACUAUUUGGACAUGGUGCAAUGUCCAUUAAAUCCAAACCACAAACUUCGACGUCACAGGUUGCCGUAUCAUCUUUUAAAGUGCAAAAAGAUGUUUCCAGAUAAAAUAAAAUGUCCUUACGGACAUUACUAUUAUUUAGAAAAACAUGAAAUGGCUAAUCAUUUACAAACAUGCCCUUACAAGCCAAGAUCAGUUCAAGCUGAAGAAAUGCAACCGUACAUAGUGCAAGCUCAACGAGCUAGAAAUGAGAAUAUCGUUUACAACUAUGAUGUUGACAAUUUUGAAAUUGAUGAACCCUAUUGGGAUUAAUGAUUAAUUAUGUUUAUUCAUUUUUAGUCAUCAUUAACAAUUAAUGCAUAUUGUAUAAUAACCUAAGUAUAUUUUUACUGUUCUAAGGGAGAACCGUAAGUUAUAAUGUUAUUAAUACUUCCUUUUUUUAAAUUAAAUAUGUAAUUUAAGGUAUCAAACAGUUUUUAGAUUUUAUUUUAAUCAUUACAUUUUUUAUGCUCAAUUUAAAGUAUGUGAAUUCAAUUAGUACCAUAUUAUUUUCCUUAAGAAUAUUAUCUCAUUUUAAUUAUGAUAUACGGUGCUAUAAAUUAUGAGCUACAAUCAAUAUUUAUUGUAUAAAAAAAUAUCUAUUGUAUUACAGUGUUUAUCACUGAGUAAGACUGA